GCAUUGGAAGAAUCGAUGGGGAUCCUAGUACGCAGAUUCUUGCGAGAGGCAGCACAUGAGCUUAAAGAUUCGUGUCCUGGAGUGUCACGACAUUUGCUAUCUGUACUCGGCUCCAUUCCAGAUGACAAGAAAGACAAAAAGAAGCCCAAAGAAAAAAUAUGCCCAUUCUGUUAUCAACUAUUGAUGCCUGGUAUUUAUAAAGUAAGGCUUAAACCAAAAAAGAAAAUAACACCACAAAUUGAGCGCCUUCUGAGGAAAGAAGCAAAGAGCCACAGACUUAACUACAAGCAGACAAAACUUCUGAGGAAAUAUAAACUCGCACGGAGUGUACUGGUAGUUACUUGCAAUACGUGCAGCAAGGUUUCUAAGUAUCCAGGUGAAUGCAGAAAUGUAAUUUCAAGUAAUCCUGGUACUCCCAAAACCAAACGUGGCUUCCCAUCUCCUGAACUGAGGACACCGGGCACAAGCAGGAAAGUGAACAUAUCUUACAGUGAAGAGAAGCUGUGCUCAAAAGGCAAAAGUCCUGUAUCAACGCCAAGGUCUUGUUCUUCUGCACAUGCAUCACCAGCUACCACAGCAAAGAGCGCAAAAAAGGGCAAAUUUCAUUUUUCCCGGUUAAAAAUGCUACUUAGUCAAGAGGAGAAAGAACCAACGAAAAAAAGUGAAUUGAAGAACUUUUUAUUGUCUCUUUGAUACAAUGUCUAAUUUUGUUUUUAUAUUUUAAGGAUCUAGAACAGUGGUAAAAGCACAAUAUAGUUUUAUUUUUGUUGUAGUUCUAUUUGUGGAAUAUGGAGUAUCUUUGACAGGUGCCGUAUUAUUCUGCAUAAUCAUGAGAAUAAUUAUUUCCUUUUACAAUGAACUCUUUAACAUUUAUUUUACAUUUAAAGUGACAGUCUACACCUUAGUCAUCUUAAAGUCUUACUUUAUCCUCCUGCACCUUUUCUAUAUCUUGCAACAGUGACAGUAAAAAAGUUAUUUUAAAAUUGUGUCUGGUUACUUUGAAAUGGCUGCCAAGCCCUGCCCACUGUUGACAUCACAAUCUGGGCUGCAUUAAAAGAUUCACUAGUUACAAAAAGACUCCCUAAUUGGAUUUCACAGACUGCCAAUGCUAUUCAGCAGAGUGCAUAGAUAGAGCUCUGCAGCCCUGAAGACAUUUCCCCAUACAAAGUAGUAGAUUGAUUUUCAUUAAAGGGACGUUAAACGCUAAAUAAAUCAUUGAUUGAAUGAUGUAUUCAGAGCAAAGAUUAGCCUGACAUUAAUUUGUACAUGUAUUGUUUACAUUUUGAAAAGGGUAAAGUUAAUGUUCAUAAAGCAGUGGGUGCCGCUAUAUUGUACCUUAGGUUACCUUUUCUGCUGAGGCCAAUUAGGAAUGGUUAUAAAUGGAUUACUAGAGUUUGCAACCAAUGACUGUGUGGAAUAUAGCUGUGUCUGCACUAUCAUGUUUAAAAUUAAUUGGAAAGCCCACAAUAUUCAGAAUUAAAUUACAGGAAAGGAGAGCAAAAUAAAUAAUGAAAGCAUAUUGCAAAGUUGUUUUACUACAUGUAAUUAAACAUUUUUUAUUAAUAUAUUAAGGUGUUUAAUGUCCCUUUAACAAAUUCCAAAUGACCCCAUGAAUGUAUAAUGGGUGACAUUUUCUUUAUUUGUGAUUAACAAUUUGUCCAAUAAUAUAUAUAUAUAUUGUUUGCCUUUGCACGUCUAAUAAAUCUAUCAGUCUAUCUUUCCACAAUGAUCAUAUAACUUUGAAUUACAGAUAAGCAGAACCUCUAUGUUUUAUUAUUAAGGAAUGUUGUACAUUACAAUAAUUGCAAUUGCUUGAUUUAAUAUAGAACACAAAUAAGGCAAGGCGUUUUAAAAAUGAAGGUUUAAUGUACAGCAUUUAUUAAGAUGGGCUAAAUCAUAGGGCAUUUUACGAUACAUUUGUUUGAUUGUGGAACUACUGAUUAAUUCUUUUUUUUUUUUUCUUUUUUAAUUUAACCAAUUUAACAUUCCUUUUAAUAGACAAUUAAAGUUUGUGACAGGUCUGGAAAUGGGCUUUCUUCUGGGAAAUCAAUGCAUGAUAGUUUGUGAGACUGCCUAAUAAAAAUUAUUAUACAGCA